AUGUAUUUAAUUUUCCACAAAAGGGCUCAAUUGUUUCAAAAAAUAGAACAUUUGAAAGACAAAGUGCGGAAAGAUUUAGUAGCAGCACUAGCUGUUCCAGUGGAACACCUGAAUUUGUUGAAACUGAUUGAUGUGAUACAACGUCUAGGCAUAGCCUACUAUUUUGAAGAUGAGAUAGAGAAAUCGUUGCAACAUAUCUAUGAUACGUAUGGCGAUAACUGGAAUGCUGGUAGGCCUUCCCUUUGGUUUCGACUUCUACGAAAACAAGGCUUCUAUGUUUCAUCUAAUGUUUUCAGCAACUAUAAGGAUGAAAAUGGAUGUUUUAAGGAAUCCUUAACAAAUGAUGUUCAAGGCAUGCUUGAGUUGUAUGAGGCAACGUAUAUGAGGGUUCAAGGUGAAGUUAUACUAGAUGAGGCUUUUGUUUUUACAAGUUCUCGUCUUGACGAAAUAUCAAAGGAUCCUCUUCGAAGCAACUCUACGCUUUCGUCUUUAAUACAAGCGACACUAAAGUUACCUUUAUGGAAAAGUUUUCCAAGACUAGAGGCUUUGCGUUACAUUCCUUUCUACCAAAAACAAGCUUCUCACAACGGAUCUUUACUUAGACUUGCCAAGUUAGGGUUCAACUUGCUUCAGUCACUUCACAAGAAAGAACUUAGUCAAGUUUCCAAGUGGUGGAAAGGUUUUGAUGUCUCCAACAACCUACCUUACCACAGAGAUAGAACUGUUGAAUGCUACUUUUGGGCACUAGGUUUAUACUUUGAGCCCCAGUAUUCUUCUUCUCGGAUAUUCUUAGCAAAAAUGUUCGCAAUGAUAACGCUUAUUGACGACACUUAUGAUGCUUAUGGAAUUCAUGAAGAACUUGAGUGUUUUACUGAAGCAAUUCGAAGGUGGUCGAUUACAUGCUUAGAAAUGCUUCCGGACUACAUGAAAUUGAUAUACCAAAAGCUAAUGGAUAUGUAUAAAGAAAUGGAAGAAACGUUGGUAAAGGAGGGAAGAGCAUAUCAUCUAAGCUAUUCCAAAGAGUUUGUGAUAAAAAUGGUUAAGAGUUAUAUGGAUGAAGAGAAAUGGGUUACUGACAAGUACAUGCCAACAAUAGACGAGCACUUGCCGGUUGCAUUAGUAACCAGCGGAACUGAUAUGCUUAUAGCAUCAAGUUUUGUUGGCAUGGGUGAUCUAGUCACACCUGACUCAUUUAAAUGGAUUCUCACCAAACCUCUUCUUUUCCAUUAUUCAAAUAUAAUUGGUAGACUCGUGGAUGAUAUUGCCUCCCACAAGGUUUUUGAUGAUUUUUGGGCCAAAUCCURCAGSAGUCCUGUAGGAGCAGGAGUGGCAGAAUCCUGUAGUACCUGUCCAUGA